AUGGCGGAGAAUCGAACCCCCUCGAUCGAGAAGGGCUCUGCCUUCUAUCUCUGGAUGGUGGUGGGACUUAUUGCUAUUAUGCUUGGGCGGCUCGAGAUGGAUAUAGAUGAAUGUAUUGAGGCAUAUAGCGAUCUCGCAGAGACUGUAUUUGGCGAAAAGCUUCACCGACUUCCAAUGAAUUUCAUAGGCCGUACACAAGCGCGAUUCGAUUCGACCAAGCUUGAGGAUGCCAUUAAAGCAGUGAUUUCCAGAAAAGCCAUUCCUGAGACGGAAUUGCUCAAUGAUGGGACAAAGCGAGGGUGUCAUGUCUUUGUAUGUGCUGCCGAUCGCUUCACAAAAAAGAUCGUACGACUUCGGAGCUAUAAACUUCUCGGUCAGCCGAGCAUCCCUGCGACGAUAUUGCAAGCCGCACUUGCGACCUCUGCGGCAACGACAUUUUUCAAUCCAGUUUCCAUCGAUGACCGUAUCUUCGCUGAUGGCGCUUUCGGAGCGAACAAUCCAGUCAACGAAGUAGAAGGAGAAGCCUCGAAUAUUUGGUGUCCUGACACCGCUAAUCUGCAACCACUGGUCAAAUGUUUCAUCUCGAUUGGAACUGGAAAUCCUGGUAUUAAGCCAUUCGAGGAGAGUCUUCUAGGAUUCCUAAGCAAGACGCUUACACAAAUCGCCACCGAGACAGAAAACACCGAAGCAGAGUUUAUAGAUCGGUGGCGAGGCCAUUACGAUAGGAAGCGCUACUUUCGCUUCAAUGUGGAGCAAGGUCUACAGGACAUUGGUAUGGACGAGUACAACAGGAAGGGGGCGAUCAAAUCGGCCACGGGAGGGUAUCUCACGCACAGGGAUCGAAUAUUCCGGAUAAGGGACUGCAUUCAAAAUUUGGGAUUGAAAGAGAGGAUGGGGGGUGAUAAUCUCAAAAAUACAAUGGCUGAAUAUGAGAAGAGGCAGAUUAUAGAAGGCCAUGUUGUUUCAAACCUACCCGUUCUCGACCAAAAAAUUGAUCUGGCUAAAUUACGGAUCGCAAAAGGGGCGGCAUUUGAUUCCUACGAGAACCAGCAUACCGAGUGUCUCCCAGGAACCCGAGUCCAACUUCUUCGCGAGGUUGAAAAGUGGGCGGAAUCAGUACAGGCAAAAUGUAUAUUCUGGUUAAAUGGCAUGGCAGGAACCGGAAAGUCAACAAUUUCCCAAACAGUUGCACGCCGUCUCAGAGAGAAAAACUUACUUGGAGCGAGCUUCUUCUUUAAAAGGGGCGAAGAGGACCGAGAGAACGCGAAGAGACUUUUCCCAACACUUACUGAACAACUAGCGAAGAGCCUACCCCAGAUGAUCCCUGGCAUCCGAAAAGAAGUUGAGGAUGACCCCAAUAUCUCGGAAAAGGUGCUUAGGGAGCAGUUUGAGAAACUUCUUCUGCGGCCACUACUUGGAAUAAACAAGGCCCCGACUACAACCUUGGUUAUCAUAAUCGACGCGUUGGAUGAAUGCAAGCAGGAAGAUGUACAAGUCAUCCUCCGACUCUUGCCACAAGUCCAAAAGUCGAAUUCAGUACAACUACGGUUUCUAUUGACAAGCAGACCCGACCUAUUAAUCAGACUAGGUUUCAAGGAAAUCGACGGUAAUCACCAGGAUUUGAUUCUCCAUGAGAUCCCCAUGCCAGUGAUCGAGCACGACAUAGAAUUAUAUUUCAAGGAUAAGUUUACGAAACUAAGACAGGAGCGCUCAUUUUCAUCAGGAUGGCCUGGAGAUGAGAGUAUCAAGAUUCUGGUUGAGAGAACAGUGCCGUUAUUCAUUUCUGCCACAACCCUGUGUCGAUUUAUUAGCGAUGAGAGAUGGAACCCAAAAAAACGUCUUAGAGCAGUUCUUGCAGAGCAGGCCACCUAUGUGUCUAAGAUGGACAGCACAUAUAUGCCAGUGCUAAAUCAGCUUCUUACCGGCCAAGAUAAAUGGGAGUCGCAGCAGUUGGUUCGAGUAUUUAAAGAAAUAGUCGGUGUUAUCAUCCUUCUUGCUACUCCGCUCUCAGUUAAGGCCCUCGCUCGACUUCUGAAUAUGGAACAUACGUGA